CCCCUCGCCGCAGCUCCAAGCCAGAUUCUCUAAAGCUACAGAAGCGCCUUUGGGGAUUUGGCCAGACCGGAAGAGAGAAGGAAAGGGAAAGAGAAGACUGACUGUGAUGCUGUCCAUUUGCUCGGCUGCAGCUACUUGUUCUUCUCAUGCACAGGUUUUUCGGGCGAUGACAGCAUUCAUGAAAUCUGUAAAAUCUGCCUGCUCUUGUGAUCAUUUUAACCUCGCACUGUGGUAUUGAUCGAUGCACAUUCACAAGUCUCUGCAACGUAUGAAUAUUAGCAUUUGUCUGAUCGCAUUCAGUUCCAAUGUGGCAUCUCUCCAUGCAGGUGCAAAGGCUUUUUUUCCUCUUCGGAAGGUUAUAGAUGAUAGGCACAUCUUUAAAGAUGAGCUACUUUUCUACAUCCAAGAUGGUACUUAUGCUAGUGAUAAGUCACUCAAAACACAUGCUACUAAAUAUAUGCAUUCACUAGUUGUGGAAAGACCUCAGGGAUCAGGCACCUUAGACUCAUUCAUACUCUCUCCCUACCGGAAUGAAUCUGAUGAUAUAGUUCACGGAUUUCCAAAUGACUACUUGGAUACUUUGCCUGAUAGCAGUUGUUACUCAGAAAGUGAAAUAUAUGGUUUAUAUCCAGUUGCCGAUGAUAUACCUGGGCCUGAAACUUUGCCCACUGAACUUGGAAGAGGUAUUGCAGCAAGUACUCCAAUGCGACUUUCUGACACAUCUGAUGUGACCAAUAAUGGAUUCUCAGAUCUUAAAGAAAAUGUUGAGAAUUUUAUAACUGGAAUUAAUCAAUCUGUAGAUGCAUCACUAGGAAGAGCUGAAGAUGCUGUGCAGAGCACUUACAACACACUUAAGAUGUCUUUUACGGAUGCAAUUGAAAGCUUCACAAAAUCAACUGAAAGUGUGUUCAGUACUUCUCUUUCUUCGGUGUAUAACUCCAAAGAACAAGCUGGUGGUAAAUUGACAGGAUUCUCUAGUAUGUUUAAGGAAAAUGUGCAUGGAGUAGGUGGUCUAGCUAUUGACACUCUGAGGCGAGCAAUUGUUAUGCUGGAGGAUUCUUUGGGAAAUGCAGCAUCAUUUCUUGUAUAUUCUUAUGGAUCAGCAAAGUCAUUGCUUCCACCAAAUAUUAAGGAGUCACUUGACUUGUCUGAGGAGAAAGCUAUUCAAAUUAUAGAGCCGGUUGGAGCUGCCUUUCAGAAGGUGUAUGCCAUUAUUGAAGGGUUCGAGAAAAUUCUUGGUUUGGAUCCUACUGAUCCAAUUGUCCAGUUUGUACUUUUCUUUGGCAGCUCGGCUGCUAUAGGAACAUCUUACUGGUUUUCCAAAUAUGGUGGAUACUCUGGUGAUUUGACUCCUGAAACAACUUUUAUGCUUCUGAAAGAUGAACAGGAUGCUGUACUUAUUGAUGUCCGGCCUGAGGAUCUAAGGGAGCGAGAUGGUGUUCCUGAUUUGCGAAGAGGUGCUAGAUCUAAAUAUGCAAGUGUGGUCCUUCCUGAGAUUGAUGGUUCAGUAAGGAAACUGCUAAAGGGUGGGAGAGAAGUCGAUUAUUCUUUAAUUGCAGCUGUCAUCCGCAGCUUGAAAAUUAUAAAAAAUGGGUCAAAGGUCAUUGUUAUGGAUGCUAAUGGUGGUCAUUCUAAAGCCAUUGCUAGAUCCUUGAAGAAACUUGGUGUAAAGAAUCCUUACUUGGUUCAAGGUGGCUUCCAAUCUUGGGUCAAAAAUGGUCUCCGCAUUAAAGAGCUAAAACCUGAGACCGCAUUGACAUUACUGAAUGAGGAAGCUGAGGCAAUCAUUGAAGAUAUUAAGCCUACCCCAACACUUGUUAUUGGAUAUGUCGUGGGCAUUUCUGCAGCCAUCUACGCUCUGCUAGAGUGGGAGAAGACACUGCAAGUUAUUGGUAUUAUUGGCCUUGGGCAGAGUCUCUAUCGAAGGGUGGCUUCAUAUGAUGAUUCUAAGGAUUUGAAGAAAGAUGUUGGGUUGUUGCUGUCUCCAGUGCGACUCGGAGCUCAAGCAUUCUCAUGGGCAGCCACAAGACUAGAGCCGAACAAGUUUGGCCUACCGACAUCGCCCUCAUCAACCGCUGUGCGCGAUCGUGUCGUGCAAGCAGCUGCAAAGCAUGAAUCCCAACCAUCCGAUACCAACGAACCGAAAGGGCUGCCACAAGAAUCAGUGAUUCAGACUAAUGAGAAUCAAGUGUCGGAAGCAUGACACCGUUUUUUUUGCUUCUGUAUAUAGGCAACAACGAGACUUUCCUCAGCUUUUGCAGUCUUAACUUGUUGUGUGUAAAGUGCUUAAUCCUGAAGCUGAUACUCAGCUAGUAUGUAAAGUGAUUUCCAAAGUGCUUAGACUACUUGAAACCAGGAUUCAUAAGUUUCAAUGUGAUCGAUUGUUUAUGGAUCA